AUGUCGGGCCGGCUGGUGCUUGCCCUGCUUGUUGCGGGUGCUGCUAUUGCCGAGGACUGCGAAGAUGGGUGGGCCGUUUCUAAAGUGGCGGGCAGCUGCUACAAGAUGAUCAACGGGCAAAGCUUUUGGGACGCGGAGGCGGAAUGCGCGUUGGACGGUGCGCACUUGACGUCGAUUCUAACCGAUGAGGAGAACCAGUUUAUCGAUGAUAUGGUCAACACGAAGAUUCCCGGCAAAGAGAUUUGGGUCGGCGGAUAUUUGAUGACCAAAGCCAAGACGCAGUUUCACUGGAUGGACGAGACGCCGAUUGACAUGAACAGUGUCAUUUGGAAAAAGGCCGGUCAGCCCGACAUUACUAAAUGGGAACAUUGCAUCCGCAAAAACAGCAAUGGCAGCCUCGAACAGGGAUUUUGUGACGCAUUGUACAAGGGUAUCUGCAAGCGUCCUAUCGGCCAGGUGGCGCCAAAAUUGGAGACACCGCUGUGCGACGAAGGGUGGGAGGGAUCGAAGUGGAGCGGAAGUUGCUAUAAGUUGACCCCCGCGUCAAAGAGUGGCGCCGCUAAUGAGUACUGCCUUGGAUUAAACGCUACACUCGCGUCCGCUAAUUCCUUCCUGGAGAAAGAGUUUAUUCUAGAAAAAGCCAAGUCGGUUGAGAAGGAUACAGACACAUGGCUGGGUGCGAAGCGGGGCGCCGACGGUGUCUUUACCUGGAACGACGGAUCGAAAUGGGAGACGGGCUAUUGGAAUUCGGAUCUACCUGAGAAACCGGACAACACAAAGAACUGUCUGCUGGUAUGCAACCAUCUGUCGUCGGCUACCGCGCAUCGUUAUUUCCCCGGGGAUUGCAACACGGAGCACAUGGGAAUGUGCAAGAAGAUGAUUGACGGUACGACCUUCUGGGCUGCCGAGGGGAAAUGCGUGGAAGAAGGAGCACAUUUGACGUCAAUUCUGACCGACGAGGAGAACCAGGCGAUUUAUGGUCUAAUGCAGAAGAACAUUCCAAACUACGACGCUUGGGUUGGCGGAAUUUUGAUGACCAGGGGAGAUAAUACGCAGAUCUAUUGGAUGGAUGGGACACCGGUGGACCCGAAUAUGGGUCUCUGGAAAGGGAUUCCGCCCAAAUACGACAUGGAGAGGUUCUGCGUGCAGAAAAAUAAGGACGGUGUCAUGCAGCAAAGCCUUUGCGGCGCUCAACUCAAAGGGAUUUGCAAGCGACCGAUCGGACAUGCGCCGGUCCCACUGGUGAAACCGAUCUGCGAUGAGGGGUGGAAGGGCUCAAAGUUUACCGGUAGUUGCUAUAGGUUGACCGGCAAAAUCACGAAGAGUGGCGAUGCACAGGAAGAGUGCUUCGCUGCUGAUGCUCAGCCAGCUUCGGUGCUGUCGUUCCUUGAGAAGGAAUUUAUUCUGGCUUCUAUUUUUAAUUCUGACCUGGCCAAGCAAGCCAAUACCACAGCUGUGUGGCUGGGAGCUAGACGGGGAACCAAUGGCAAAUUUGAAUGGAUCGACCAGUCGAAAUGGGAUAAUGCCUACUGGUCGGUAACCGGCCCAUCAACCUCUGGAACCGAUAAGAAUUGUCUGGUGCUGUUCGGCAAGGUGGACAACGAUGCGACGAUCCUGCACCGUUGGGCCGAGCACGAUUGCGGCGGCACCGCGAUGGGCGUUUGCAAGAAGCCCGGAAAGCCGAAAGCC